AUGACUACAUAUAAUAUUCCUCGCGACAGUGCAGGAAGCAGAAGAAAGGGGCCGGAAACCCGCAGUUUGGCGCCACAAAGGCUGGCGCCAGAUGCCCGCGGCUCUCCAGCCAAACAUGGCCAGGCCCGUUAUGGCGGCUAUGACGGCAAAGCUGCAGAUGCCGACGAAGGCAAGUCACCCGUUCAGGGAGCCACACUUCCGGAGCCAUGGACCAGGCGUCUGGCCAACACGAUGAUCCUGCACACCGUGCAGAAUUCGAUGAUCCUUGCAACUUACCUCCUGGAGCUUCUCACAAGUGGCUACGGCGCCAGGAGCGCUUUGCACAUCGCUUGCUGGGAGGGAUCCCUGUCGGCGGUGCAGGUCGUGGCCAACGGCUCAAAGAAAGCCGUUCAAGACUGGCACCAGCGCAAGGGAGAUUUGACUCCGCUGCACAUUGCUGCGAUUUGCAGCCAUGCGGAGGUUGCCGAGCUUUUGCUGGGCUACGACAUCGAUCCGGACAUCAAUACCGUGCAUCAGCUACGGUCGCUUCACAUCUCUGCCACCUCCAGCACUGAUCUUUGUGAAGUGCUGAUGUCCAGCAGAGCAGACAUCGCCGCGCGCACAGCAGAUCAGGAUACCCCGCUCCACUUUGCCAAUUGCUUCCAGCAGCUGGACACCAUCGAGCUGCUCUUGAAAGCAGGCGCAGAUGCCUCGGCCGCAAACAACUUCGGCGUGGUUCCGCUGCAUGUAGCUGUGGCUUAUGCCGGCCUUGAGCGACUCGAGUUGCGAGAGGCGAAGGCAACGCUGUUGCUUUGCGCCUAUGGCGCCAAACUGGAUGCCAGGGACCAUCAUGGCCACACGCCUGCCGCGGUGGCACGGAUGGCAGGCGCUCACAGUUCCUUGAUCGACUUCCUGGAGUCUGCAAGCGAGGACCAUCAGGCGACUGCACAGGAUUUGCUGAAUGCUGUGGACGAGGAGGCGGAAGACUUCGCUUCCAGCUCCCUAGCGCUGAAGGCCAUGCAGAGCGAGAAAACCGCAGGAAGUGAGGGAUGGGCGCCACCGUCCCCCAGCGUGGCAAGGGCGAGAGCGAACUCGUAUGCUGGACAAGAUAUGCAGCUGACCGAGGAGAACUCGCGCUUAUCACAGGAGACCAAGCGGCUUCAGAAGGAGCUUGAUGAGGCUCGGGCGAACAUCCGGCACCUUCAAGGACUGCUCGACCAGAGCAGGUCAACCAUGGAGCGACUGAAAAGCACCCGUCUCAGCGUCUCGGAGGCUCCCGGGGCAGAGGCGUUCCAGGCCGUCCGGGACGACAUGGAGAAGGAGAUGGGCGAGCUCCGGCAGCGACAAGAAGAUCUGGGCAGAGAUCGGGAUAGCUGGCUGCAGGAGCGAGAGUCCUUGCUCCGGCAACUGGAGGAGGCGGCCGAGAAGCAGGAACGAGCCGAGGCCACCGUGAAGCGCAUCACGGCAGAGCGCAACGAAGCCUUUGAGCGAACUGCGGUCAAGGACGUCUCAAGGCCGUCUUCGGCGGUCACCCGACAGGCUGCCGAACAAGCGGCCGCGCAAGACGCUGCGCUCUUUGCCAAAGAAGAAGCCCUGAGUCAGAAGGAUGCAGAGCUGCAAGCAAAGGCGCAAGCUGAGCAAGAGGCCCUGGAGGCCCUGCAAGCCAAAGAUGCUGAGCUUGAGCGCCUCACCGCUGAAUUGCAAGCGAUGAAGUCUCAAGCGGACCGCUCCGGCAAAGAUCUGGAGGAGAGAUCCGCCGAGCUGUCCCAAAAAGAGGCCGACGUGCUGAGCCGCAAGGCUGAGGUGCAGCGCCUGAACGGCGAGCUCGAGCGGCAGGCGGGUGAGAAGGAAGAGAUGUGGAAGAACCUCACUGAGCUGCGAGCGCAGCAUAAGGAGCUCAGGGAGCAGCAGAGCAAGACCAGCCAAGAGCUCGGAGCCGUGCAGAUGCAGCUGCAGGAGAGAGAGGUGGAGCUGGAAGGUCAGUUGAAGGAGAAGGAGCUGACCAUCCAAAAGCUCGAGGAAGAUGCACAGCAGUUGACCGGCCAGGUGGCGGAGCUCAGCGGCGUGCGGGAACGGGCAGAGCAGGCAGAGAAGAUGCUGGAGCCUUGGAAGAAGCGGACCGAAGAAGUUCAUGAAGCCUUCCAGAAGGAGCAGGCGCUUCGAAAGCGGUACCACAAUCAGAUGCAGGACAUGAAAGGUGCCAUUCGUGUCUUCGCAAGAAUACGUCCCAAAGUUUCCCGAGAAGCUGAUCAAGAGAUCUCCGUCUGGAGACGGGAUGCCUUUUCACUGGAAUGUGCCGCGAAAGACAAGAAGUCGACCGCGAAGGACUACAACUUCGACGCUGUCUUUGAUGAGCACAACAGUCAAGAGGACGUCUUCGCUGACUGCCGUGGAUUGAUCGGCUCGGCCGUCGACGGCUUCAACGUCACCGUACGGGAACGAGGUCCGCGAAGCUCGUGUUCAAGCUUCAAGUUCGAAGUGAUCACACUAUUCCUCACAGGCCAUGCCUGGCUUGGUUCCACGGGCCGCAGAGGACGUUAUGCCCACGAGUGCGAGUCGAAAGUCCUCUGUUCGAUGUUUGAGCUCUACCGUGACGACUUAGUUGACCUCCUCUUCACGAAAGCCAAGGGCAAAGCCCCUCCGGUCCUGGACAUAAAGAAGGAUCCGAGGGGGACCGUGAAGGUGGAGAAUGCGGUCGAAAUCGAGGUGACCAAUCCCGACGAGCUGCAAAAGACAAUCAGCACGGGCAUGGACCGGCGGCAUGUCGCGGCUACGAAGAUGAAUGCAGACUCCUCCCGGUCGCAUUUGAUCUUCAUCGUCACCAUUGAGUCUGUGAACAAGAAGUCGAAGCAGGUCUCUACCGGCAAGCUGACUCUUUGCGAUCUGGCAGGCUCCGAGCGGCUGAAGAAGAGCGAAGUGACAGGCGAGCAGAUGAAGGAGGCUCAGUCCAUCAACAAGUCGUUGACGGCACUUGGCGAUGUCAUCGAGGCGCUGACGAAGCAAGCCAAGCACGUGCCCUACCGAAACCAUCGGCUCACGCAGCUGCUCAGCGAUUCACUGGGUGGCAACGCCAAGACACUGAUGUUCGUCAACUGCUCGCCGGCCUCCGGAAACCUCGAUGAGACUGGUGCAGCGUUGGCCUAUGCCGUGAGGGCCAAAAACAUCGUCAACAAGGUGGAGAAAAAUUCUGACAGCCAGGAAGUGGCACGUCUGAAGAAGGUGGUGCAAUUGCUGAGCUCUGAACUCGAGGAGGCGAGGAAGAAAGCCGGAGAUGCCCCACUGCCCAAACUGGGGGACGGCAAUGCAGAGGAGGAGAGUCCUCAGGCUGGUUGA